GGGCGCGCGGCUCCGGGCGCCGCGCCUGCACCAUGAACUACCAGCAGCAGCUGGCCAACUCGGCUGCCAUCCGGGCCGAGAUCCAGCGCUUCGAGUCCGUCCACCCCAACAUCUACUCCAUCUACGAGCUGCUGGAGCGCGUGGAGGAGCCGGCGCUGCAGAACCAGAUCCGGGAGCACGUCAUCGCCAUCGAAGAUGCCUUUGUGAACAGCCAGGAGUGGACGCUGAGUCGGUCUGUCCCUGAGCUCAAAGUGGGAAUCGUGGGCAACUUGGCCAGCGGCAAGUCCGCCCUGGUGCACCGGUACCUGACCGGCACGUACGUCCAGGAGGAGUCGCCCGAAGGUGGCAGAUUCAAGAAAGAGAUUGUUGUUGACGGACAGAGCUAUCUGCUGCUGAUUAGAGAUGAAGGGGGCCCCCCAGAGGCACAGUUCGCCAUGUGGGUGGACGCUGUUAUCUUUGUCUUCAGCUUGGAGGAUGAAAUUAGUUUCCAGACAGUCUACCACUACUACAGCCGCAUGGCCAGCUACCGCAACACGGGCGAGGUCCCGCUGGUCCUGGUGGGAACCCAGGAUGCCAUAAGUUCCACGAACCCGCGGGUCAUUGACGACGCCCGAGCGAGGAAGCUGUCCAGCGACCUGAAGCGAUGCACGUACUACGAGACGUGUGCCACGUAUGGGCUCAACGUGGAGCGCGUCUUCCAGGACGUCGCCCAGAAGGUGGUUGCCACGAGGAAGAAGCAGCAGCUGUCCAUCGGACCCUGCAAGUCACUCCCGAACUCCCCGAGCCACUCGUCCGUGUGCUCCGCACAGGUGUCGGCCGUGCACAUAAGCCAGACGAGCAACGGAGGCGGCAGCUUGAGCGACUACUCCUCGUCCGUGCCGUCGACCCCGAGCACCAGCCAGAAGGAGCUGCGCAUCGACGUGCCGCCCCCCGCCAGCACCCCGACGCCCGUGCGGAAGCAGUCCAAGCGGCGCUCCAACCUCUUCACCUCUCGGAAAGGGAGCGACCCAGACAAAGAGAAGAAAGGCCUGGAGGGCCGGGCGGACAGCAUCGGCAGCGGCCGAGCCAUCCCCAUUAAACAGGAUGCAUUUUACGUCACCGAAAUGAGGCAUCGGACUUCCCAGCUGGCGUUUAAAGUCGCUUCCCGCUCCAGGAUUUUAAGGACUGGAGUUCUCGAGUCUGGUCAGUACGGCGGGGGUGGGCGCAGGCACCAAAACCACUGACCUAAAACGACGUCUAGGCAAUCCAUCCAGACCUUUCUGUUCGCCUGCCUGAGUCGUCCACUGGCUUCGAGCCUCUUCGCGGGGUGGCCGUGUCGUCAUAGCUCGGCCCCCGUCCCCGGCACAGCAUCCGGGACAGACUCCGUCCACACUUGGUGAGUGAACGAGGGAUAAAGUCACCGUCAUAGACACAUGGCUUCCUUCCGAUGCCGGGAGCUGUCACCCCGCCUGUGCCAUAUCAGAACGUGGUCAAGAAAAAGAGGAAAAUGACGACCGUCUCAGCAAAGGUUCAGAUUCAGCACGAAGGGGAAAGAAUUAGCAACACAAAGAACCCGUCGACUGCGGGGUCCACGGCGAGAUCGGAGCCACACGGGCAGCGGGGUCGCUGGUCAGGUGCGCUGCGUGUUGAGGCGUACCAGCACCUGCAGCUCGCAGGCGACGUGUCCCGGGUCCCCUUAACAGCGAGUGAGAACACUCAGUCGCCCACUGAUCGUUUGUUUCCGUAACUUUUCACCCAGCCUGUGGAUAUUUGGAGGACUUCCUCCUACUUGGGCCCUCGUUGCUUCUCCGGGGUCGGGGAGGGCGUUGACAGUUGUGCCUGCUCUGCGUUCUCCCUGCGUGUGGGGUCUUCAGUGGACCCAGCCCCCUGUUCGUGUGUGUGCUCUGGAGGUGUCCUGGCCACGUUGUUCCUUAAAGCUCUAAGUAAAAAUGACUUUGUUCCGUGGUGCUAUGUUAAAUUGGCUGGUUAAUUCCGGUGUUAUUUACCCUGUAAUUCAUUAGCUUCACCCCACCAUUGGCAGCUGACAGGCUGUAAUUUCACGCCUUGCAAUAAAAGAUGUCUCAUAAUCUGCUUCAUUUAGCAGCAAGAGAAUUUAAUGAAAUUAACUGCAGUCCUAAUUAUGCCAGUGAAUACUAAAGACCGCCAUCAAGUUUUCUUGGAAAAAGGACGAGGUCCACCUCGAGAAGGAUUUAGAAUAUAAUAUCCUGGGAAAAGUUGCAAGUGUCUUCUCUCUGUUGGCCAACAAAGGCCAAUUAUGGCUCCACGUGUGACUGUAAUUAAUUGGUUUUUUCCUGCAUGUCUCCCCCAGUCUUCAUCGUUUCCAGUCGAAUUUGAAAGUGGUCCCUCUCUGGCAGGGGUGUUGAUGAAGCAGACAAGCUAACGUCCAGUUUUCCGUCAGCGGCCCUUCCUCUGGCGGCCCGUGGCGGGUGUGCGUGGUGCCGCAGCCGGCGAGCAGGUUUUCGGUGUGUGGUUCUGAAGGGGUUCUGAGUCCCCACACGGUGCCUGUUCGGAGCUCAGCCUCUCUGCACGUGUGACUUACCUGUGCAACAAGGAUGCCAGCGCGGGGAAGCGGCCCACCGCAGGCCGUCUGUCACCUGCCGGGCUUGGCGUUUCCGCCUCUCCCGGGCACUCACCCGCCCUUCCGUAGGACGCAGGGUCUUCCCUACUUCGUGUUCCAGCCCUGCCCAAGGGCGCGUCCUCGGCGCCGAGGUGCCCAUCCUCCUGGUCCUUGCGUCGCGAGGCCCUCCCGCUGCGGGAGACACCGUGCCCCUCCGAGCGUGCCUCGUCCCGCCUUCCACGUCCCGUCUCUCCCCUCCCCUGGCUCUUCCUCUCGGGUGCAGGGCAGGGAAGGGGGAGCAGGUGGCCCACGUCAUGCUCUGAGCGGACCCGGGCGCCCCCUCGCCCCAGCCCCCGGCCAGCACGCACGCCUGUCUCCGUGCCCGCCGCCCCCAGGCCGUCAGCAUUUCUGUUACGCAGCCGUAACCCAAGCCUGAUGGAAACGCCCCCCGCUGCACGGGAGCGAAGGAGUGGAGACUCAGGAGGGGGGAACUGCCCUUCUCACCCUGUACACGGCGGGCCCAACCUCUGUGGCACCAGGGACCAGGGCUCCUACGAGAAUCUGAUGCCUGAUGAUCUGAGUUGGAGCUGAGGCGGCGAUGCCGGCGCGGGGAGCGGCCGCAGAUGCAGACGAGGCUUCGCUUGCCUGCCGCUCACCUCCUGCUGUGCGGCCCGGUUCCUAACAGGCCACAGACUGGUUCCCGUCUGCAGCCCAGAGGUUGGGGACCCCUGCUGUACAGGGAGCAAUUCAUAUGCGUUAAAGAAAAGAGAAGUUCCGUGUUAUUUAAGUACAGUAGAAAUAUCAGUAACCACAAGUUAUUAACUGCUACCUCUCUUCGGAAACUGACUUUGCAAAUUAGUGGCGUUUCUCAAGUUCUAAAAAUAAUCACCUGCCGAGGGCCAUGACCUGGCUUCCUCGGGCCCCUAGCGUAGACAUGUCGUGGGCUCCGGACAGAGCAGCACGUGCACCGCUGGCGGCAAAGUCCUCGGCAGCUUUAAUUUCAGAGGCCACGUCUGGAGAAUGAGGGUGAGGCGUUUCUUCUUUAUCGAGGCUGCUGGCGGAAGGGCCUUGGCAGGGAGCAUUCUGGGGCAACUGGGAAUAGCUUCCGUGCAUUCUUGAAAAAACAGCAGCUUCGCAGAGAAUGUGCACGGUCACCCCUGACCUCCACGCCGCCCUGCACGAUGGGGGUUCUGCCAUCGCGGGUGGGUUAGACGUGAACCGAUGGCGAUUGCAGCGUCAGGGAGUCCCCUGGCCGCAGACCCAGGGCCCCGCCACACACAGCAGCGGAGGGGACCCAGGCAGGUGCGGGCGGGACUGGCGUUCACCGGAGUCUCACGCCCCGGAGACCUGGUCUCUAGGUGGCCUCCCGGCUGCCUAUCCUGGCGCCCGCCGGCCUCUCCAGGGUCUCUGAGCUCGCGGCCUGGCCUGGGGUGCUGAGUGCACACAUCAGCCGGCCGGCGGCACCUGCUGCUCCUCACAGCCAGGAAGGAACGGGGCCCACAAACGCUGUGGCCUUGGGCUUGGCGGGCGCGCAGAGGUGAACUCUGGGCAGAAGCCCCACCACCCCCAAACGUCACCCUCCACGGAUGCUCCGUGUGAUGCCUGCAGGGGCUGGCAGGGGUGGGGGUGCCAGUUUUCGAGGUCUUCAACGCACGAGGUGCUGUGUGCUCUUGUCGUUUCUUCACCAGCCAUGGCCCUUAGGUUCCCACCUCGGAGCGUUCGCGUCUGGGACCGGGACGCCUGGGGCCGGGCACGCUGGGCUCUGGCCCCGAGGGUGGCCGCCUGGCAGGCAGGCAGGCCGGCAGGCCGGCCUCCGGGAGCCACGGCUGCAGGGGCCUGGGAGCAGAGCAAGGAGCGGGUGGGGAACGCUCCCUGAUUGCUCCCCACAAAAAUAAUUGCUGUGGUACGAAAACGGGGGGUCCCAAUAGCCUGCUGGGAAGGAGAGAAAGAGCCUGGGGUGUUUGGAGGCUCCACGGCGUGUCUCAUCUGCAGUAGCCAGAGGUAAUUUUGGCGACGAGCAGUAAGGAAACCUGAAGUAUUUCUCUCCCAGACCCUCCCAGCUUAUUAAAAGAACUUAUAGACAUGAAAAUACAUUAAAGUGGGCAAAGCGGAGAGGGCGAGAGAGAUUAACAGCCUUCGCUGAAUAGAGUCCAUUGAUGAGCCGGGCCUGCGCGCCGCUGCCGGCUCCGAGACGAGGUGUCGCCAGUGAAAAGGAGGUCAGGCCUGUCCAGAAUUUCGGGGGGAAACGGGAAUUUCGAUGUGAAAAGCAGCAAUACCCGCGCGUCCGUCUCUUCCCUCUGACCGGGGAGGCUUUCUUUGCUCGGGAGAAGAGCUGUGUUGCAGCCUGUCACCUGAUUUCCUGGCCGCACGCCUGCUGUCUGGGGUCUGGGCGUCGCUUCCCAAGGCCAGGGCCCAGCGUGGGGCAGGGCCACCGGCGUGCGGUCUGGAGGGGGCCCAGGCGGGCCAGCGUUUGACAAGCGCCCAACAGCCGUGGGUGCCUUCGGAGACCCGCUGGGGAAAUGGGGUGUUAGCGAGGCUCGACCGUGUGCGUGUGUGUGUGUGCGUGCAUGUGUGUGUGCGUGUGCAAGGGGAAGUUAGCCGUCAGUCAAGUUUUAUCUCUUAAUGAAUAGAGACUGCUGAAGUAAGGGUUAGGUAAUUGAGUUUAUAAUUAAUUAGCCAUAACCCUCAUCAGAUAAAGCAGUUGUGAGGAAUUUUUCUCAUCUCCUCUCUCUCCGGGGCCUGCCCUUCUUUGUCCUUGGACUGACAGCCAGCACUUAUCUCGGGCGGCUGCAGCCGGGCCGUCGGCUCCCCCCGGCCGGCCAGCGCCGAGGGGUGGUCAGCAGAGCCCGCAUUGUGCUGGGAGGCCCGCAAUCAGCCCAGCUGUCCGGGCCAUGAUGAAUUAGCGGUGGGAGCGAACACAGAGGUGGAUCCAGAUCUGCCCGAUAGCGUGCAGGCCGCCACCGUUUGUCCCCACCGCAGCUCUGAUCUUUGACACUUUGUGACAAAGGAGUUACAGAAAGCAGGGAGGGAAAAUGGAGUGCCCCUCCAGAAAGUUGGGUGACUUACAAAGGAGCACUUAAUUCCUAUAGCCAGGCCGUCCACACCACAAAGAAAGGGGAUCAAUGAGAGCUUAUACUCUUCCUUUGAGGACCUUUAAAAAAGAAAAUCUCAUGUUUUGGAGUUUGCAUGUUUGGGGUACGAGCCACAGUGAAAACAUAAGGCAUCCAAAUCAAAGAUCGUGUAAAGGGAUCCGUCUUCAUUGUGCUUCGCAGACCGCGUGGGGGAAAAACCUUCCCCCUUCUGUUUAAAGAUGGGAACCCUUGUGAUGUGCGGAGCCAAGCAAAGAAUUGGUUAAGGAACAAGGUCGUGACUUUGUUGCCACUCGUGAUAUUGAAUCGGAAAAGUUCUGGGCUCGUCAUGGCGUCUUCCUCAUGACUCCAUUUGUCCCUGAUGAAGCCCCAGGCGGGUGCCACAGGCAUGGGGCAGAUCAGAGGGCCGGGUGUCUCCCUCCACCUGCGGUGGCUCUCCAUUUUAGACAGUUUGGGAGACGGGUUUUUCUUUGUUAGCAAGACCAGGUGUCACUUUUUGAGACCCCGUGGUAAUUAUUUGGGGACUCCAAAGCCAGAAUGUCUUGCCAGGCAAUACGGCUGAAUAAUGAUUUCGAAUGUUAAUGAAAAUUUAAUCAGACCGAAUAUAUUAUUCAGCCUCGAUGAGGGAGUGAAAUAUGAUAAGUGCAUUUACAAGUGCUGAAGUUUAUAGAACAAAUGAGCUCAAUCUCGUGGGGCGUGAGAUCAGAACCCCAAAGACUGAUGUAUUGUGUGUGAUGUGUUGUCAGUUCGCUUUGGGUUUGGUUAGCAAUAAAUGUAGCCUACUCUCAGAUUUAGGGAAAUAACAUUAGUAGUAAAGGCUCCUAAUAAGGGCGGGCUGUCUUCAUCAGCUUCCGCUGUGGAAACGCCGAUUGCUGUCAGUGGGCCGUACCUAAUGCUCCAGGUUUUUUUUAAGAAGCGGGUAUGGUAAACGUGCAGUUCCAGGUUUUCUUUGGAGAGGAAAGAGGAGUUAGAUGGGUCGGCCCACAGCACGGUUGAGACCCAGAUGUGGCAUUCAGAUUUCUCAGCUGGAGGAGGUGCGCUGUCCUACUACGCGGGCACACUGCACCCCCCGCCCCCCGCCUUCCUUCCAGAGGCCCAGGGCCACCUCCAGCAAACCCGUGAAAACCACCAUGAUCGAGCCGUGUCAGCCCAGUCACAGCUGAGGCACUUGAGGCUGCCCGCCGUUCAAGGUCAACAGAGGACCGUGUGGGUGAGGGCGUGUCCUUCUCCGCUGCCAGUUGAAUCAUGCGUGAUGGCCCGAUCGGCAAACCGACAUGGCGCAAAGCCGAGAGGGGGCGUCCUCCCUCCCUCCCUCCCGUCCCCUUGGGUGGGGCGCGAGGUCCGUUCUCUGAGUGGCGUCAGACGGGCCACCCUGUCAGUUUCUCUUCCCAGCUGGCUUUCUGUCCACCUCACAGAGCCCGGGCCCCACUCGCUCCUGCACAGUCACCCCCAACUCUACGACAGCUGAUCAGAUGCGGGCGCAGCCACGGGUGGGCUCCACGGAGGCAGCUCGGGGCCCAGGCACACGGAGGGAGCCAGGCGCUUUGCAUCAGGCCAGCCUGGUGCCGGGCCCUGCCACUCCGCCUGUAGCCGUGACGUCUCUUAACCUGUCCAAGCUUUUCCUGCGUCAUCUGUUAGGCUGUGGGUUGUCAUGCAGAAGAGUCUCGUGGGAGGGUCCCCAAAAUGGCUGGAUUUCCUCCCUCUUUACUUUCAUAUGAUUCGUUUUUGUCAUACAAAAGUUAAUGGAGCAUAUCACGAGAAACAAUUCCUUCAUCAUCCUAGUUUUCAAAGCCCAAUAUUCCAGAAAAUACCCCCGACUAUUUAGAUGUGAAGUUUGGAUGCAGCCAGGGACACUGGCCGGCUCUCACCUGGUGGUGUAUCUGUCCUGAGGACGCGCCUCAGAGGGAAACCUGUCGGCUUCUCUGUCUGGGUCCGCUCCUUCCGCAGCCUCGACAUCGGUCAUUUUGAACUGGGGAGACUCGUGGCUCCUUACUGAAUUUUGUGAAGGAAAGAGAAGCAGACAAGGUUCGAAAGAGGAGAAGACGAAGGUGGCCGUGCGUGACGUUCCGCACACCGGCGUCCCGGCCCGGCCACGUGGGAGCGUGGCGUCGCCGGCGCGUUGCGCGAUGGGCUGGCGAGACACGUGGGAAAGAAGGCGUGGUCAGCCAGGCGGCCGGUCGCGGGAGCCCACCUGGGGACUGGCCACCCGGUUGCAUCGGGCGUGAACAGGCGUACGGCAGGCACUUCAGAUCCAGUCACUCGUAUAUUCGUGCGGACGUAAACGUCUUGAGAAACUCUGAGUUCUCCUUGCCGUCCUUAAGAAUCAUUGCUAUGUUGCUGGUAUCGUUAUUAAAUCAUUUUUCAAACCUA